CUUCAAGACAUACAUAACAUUCAAACUCCAUAAUUCUAGAGAGAGAGAGAGAGAGAGAUGAAGCCCUGUGCAAGGAGGCCAAAGGUGAUAUUAGUCCCCUAUCCAGCGCAAGGCCACGUCACUCCCAUGCUCAGGCUAGCCUCCAUCCUCUACUCCCACGGCUUCGACCCGGUGCUCGUCACACCGGAAUUCAUCCACCGCAGGAUCUCCCCCUCGGUCAAUCCGGCGGCAGGGGCGGGGGAGGUGAUCACGUUCUUGCCGAUCCCCGAUGGCUCGGGCACCAGCGACAGUGUGCCCCACGACUUCUUCUCCAUCGAGAAGGCCAUGGAGGAUGUCAUGCCCGUCCACCUCGAGCGGCUCGUAAACGAGCUCGACGUGGCAGACAACGGGGUGGCACUGAUGGUGGUCGACUUGCUGGCCUCGUUCGCGAUCGAGGUGGGGAACCGGUGUGGGGUCCCGACCACAGGGUUCUGGCCCGCCAUGCUCGCGACCUACAAGCUGGUGGCAGCCAUCCCGGAACUGGUCCGAGAAGGUCACAUUUCCGAUUGCGGGAUACCCCAGAAAGAAAGCGAGAUACGUCAGAACCCCUCGUUGACCACCCAAGAUCUACCAUGGCUGAUCGGGCCGGUCAACGCCCGGAAAGCAAGAUUCCGGUUCUGGACUCGAGCUCUACACCGGUCGGCGUCCCUCCGGUGGCUCCUGGUCAACUCCUUCUCCGAGGAGGAUGACGAAGCUGAGAUCCAGUGCUUCCGAGACUACCCGACGAUCGUCCCCAUCGGCCCUUUGACCAACCCGUCCCCGUUGACAAAGAACACUAGUUUCUGGGAAGAAGACGCCACCUGCCUGACCUGGUUGAAGAAUCAAGAACCGGACUCGGUGAUCUACGUCUCGUUCGGCAGUUGGGUCAGUCCCAUCGGACGUGACAAAGUCGCCAGCCUCGCCCUCUCGCUCGAGUCUACACGGCGGCCCUUCCUGUGGGUGCUCGGACCGUCAUGGCGCGAGGGCUUGCCACAUGGCUUCUUGGAGAGGGUCCGCAGCCGGGGAAGGGUCGUGUCAUGGGCCCCGCAGGUGGAGGUCCUGCGCGACCGCGCGGUUGGGUGCUACUUGACGCAUUGCGGGUGGAACUCGACAGUGGAGGCGGUGCAGUGUGGGCGGCGGAUGCUGUGCUGGCCUGUGGCGGGGGACCAGUUUGUGAACUGCAAGUACAUCGUCGAGGCUUGGCGGGUCGGGGUGAGGAUGGCAGGGUUCGGGGAGAGGGAGGUCGAGGACGGAGUGAAGCGGCUCAUGGAGGACGGUGAGAUGGGGGAGAGGUUGGCGGAGCUGAAGGAGAGGAUGAUGAUGGCAAAGGCGAACUCGAGAAAGGUGGCGAAUAUGGCAGGCUUCGUUGAAGAUCUCAGGAGAAUAACGGAGGAUGAUUCUCUGUAAUAAGUUGGAAACAGUAUUCGUUUUUGUUAGAGUUGUCUUGUUAGGGUUUUGAGUUGAUCAUCAUUGUGUAACCAUGCGAAAGUCCGUAAAUCUUGAGAUAGUAUGGGUAUGUGCGGUACUUUCUAUUUUGCAGUAUUUUCUGAGGAAGAUUUGUAGCAACUAUAUCUGUUCAGCGUCAGAUAAUAUACCACUAAUA